CGGGGCGCCGCGCAGCCCGCACGCGACAUGCGCGCCCUCUAGCGUAUUAUGUUCCUACCCGACCUCCCGAGAGCCUGCAUGGUGGACGACGUAGCGACUUACCUCCAAGCGCCGUCCUCGGGACAGGACGAGUUCCAUCCAUUCAUAGAGGCCCUAAUGCCCUUUGUAAAGUCCUUUUCGUACACGUGGUUUAAUUUACAAGCGGCCAAACGAAAAUACUACAAAAAACAUGAGAAACGCAUGAGUCUUGAGGAGGAACGGCAUACCAAAUAUGAAUUACAGAACGAAAAGGCAGAAGUGAAGCAAAAAUGGGCAUCCCGGUUACUUGGCAAACUCCGGAAGGAUAUCACCCAGGAUUGUCGAGAGGACUUCGUGUUGAGUAUCACCGGCAAAAGACCAGCCGUCUGCGUGCUCUCCAACCCAGACCAGAAGGGCAAGAUGAGGAGAAUAGACUGUCUAAGGCAGGCUGAUAAGGUGUGGCGUUUGGACCUAGUGAUGGUGAUCUUAUUCAAAGCGAUCCCCCUAGAGAGCACAGACGGCGAGCGCCUAGAGAAACAUCCAGAAUGCACCCAGCCCGGCCUCUGUGUGAACCCUUACCACAUCAACGUCUCCGUCAGAGAGUUGGAUCUGUACCUCGCUAAUUUCAUCAACAGCUAUGAUAUCCUAAGCGGGUCUCUCUCGCCUCACACGCCUAGAGACAAAGAGAACGAACACGAGGCUAAGAACAAAGGCUAUAGCCACAAUCCCUACAAUGGCGUAAUAUGCAACGAUAUUAUUUUAGCAACUGGUGUCUUCUCCUCGAAGGAACUAUGGAAGUUGUCCAAAGCUUCAAUACUGCAAGAGACCGGUUCAGAGUCCCCCAGCGGCUCUGGAGGGGGGAUCAAGUUGGAGUCCGGCUACUACUGCACCGGGUACAACAGCCCCGCCCCCCCCGCCUUCGAGCCCCCCGCCGAGAGGGCGACCCCCUCAGCGAUGCUCGUCGGACAAUGUUUUAGCAUCCCUCACAGUUCAGCUGGUCUGACAGCAGCGCAGGCGCCUCUUGUACCGUCGAAUACCAUCUUCUACCAGCAUCCACCGCCAACCGACACACAUCCCACAGCGACUGAGGCGUUAAGUCAGCACACGUCUGGCAAAUACGACGGCGCGCCGCAGGACUCUCUGGGGGAUUUCGUGACUUUUGUGUGUCAGGAGCCGACUGAGGUCCAGCAGCUGCAGGUACACAGUUUGUCUCGGAGUCCAAAGCCUUACUUCAGCAGCUCGAUGUUACCACCACCACCUCUCCCCCCAAUGGCGAGACCAGUUGCCAUUAUCAGAUCUACAGUAUUCAAUGAAGAAUAUUUUGCAGCGAGUGAGAUGGGCGGCGGUGGUUGCGGGUCCCCAUCGUCCCCAGAAGUCAGGUCUCCACCGGCGUCCCCGAGACGUCGGUCGCCGCACUACAGGACGGACUGUCAUCCGCCCAUUUCACAUUUCAACCAUUUCCAUUCGCAACCGCAGCAGGUGUUCAGCUAUGGAUCAUUAGGUGGCGUUGGGUUGGGUGGUACUGUGAGUGGUGUCGGUGCGGGGGGAGGGGCGGUGUUGGCGGGGGGCGGAGGGGUGUCACCUCCAGGAGGACUAGGACUGUAUGCACCAAGGGCUUCUACAAGAGCACCGCCUAGAUGGAAUGCGCCCUUCCCUACCUUAGAAGAUGAAUUCAAUAUAAUGGCGACGCCGGCCGGGCCAGACCAUGUUGUUUUAUUAGAUGAUGAGCGCUUCUUCCAAUCCAGCGUGAUAACAUCCGAAGCGACGGCGAUGGACACGACCGCGUCCGUCGGCGCCGUCGUGGACACUGACGACAUCGCGCCCGACAAGCCGGCGCCGGACCUGCACUCCCCGUGAUGCCGCGCGCCGCCGCUAGAGGCCGCCACCGUACUGCGCUGGACGCCCGCCCCCCCGCCGCACUGGAGGCCGGUCAGCCAUCGCACGUAGUGAUACGUGUACUAUUGGAUGUUACAUUGCGCUUACGUUUUGAAAGUAGCACAUCUGAUUUUUGGUUACCUGUGAAUGAAUUUCUUGCACCAUAAUUUGCUCUUCCUAGGUGUCAGAGACAUUUAUUGUAAAGGAACAAAUUAUGUUUCAGUGUCAUUAGUAUUUUCCAGGGAAAUUGCAUUAUUGUUCAUUUUUUUUUUUCUACGGUUAUCUAAUUUGAAAGAUCUGGAACCUUCUGUUUUUACUGCAGGUCGAUAAUGAGUUAAGUUACUCUGAUACUAGGACGUGCGAAAUAGGUUGACUUUACAACAUAACAAAAAAAUAUAUUAGGCCAUGAGGUGAUCUAGCAAUAACAAUGCGUUAUUUAUUAAUAUGUAUGUCAAUUGAAUUUUAAAUACUUACAACGAUGCCUUAUUAUAAUUUGAUUAAGUAUAUCAUUUCUAAAUUGUAAUUUUGGUUAAGUCGAACAUGUUUUUACGGCGGCGUUAAAAUAGGGGUGUGUGUAAAUAUUUACCUAAUUUAAAAUUAAAUUGGUGACGCGGCAGAGACUGUAGCUGAAAUUUAGAUUUUACAAUUCGACGGCUUAUUGACUUUCUAAAGCUGUCAGUGAAGCAUUACUACGCCUCAGAUAUGACUUUGUCGCGGCGGCGUUUUAAAAACUUCUACAACGCCAUCUAUAAGUGGAAACCUACACUUUGACAGCAUGGAUUCUCAAUAGCUUUCAUUAAUACUCGUUAAGGCGAUAACAAUUAUACAAUACUCCAACGAUGAUUAUGUAAAAAUAAAGCUACUAAAAUUAUUAGGUAUAUUCUAAUAUUUUUAUAGAAUAUAAAAACAAGUAUGAUAUGAUCAAGCCUUCCAGUAAUUUAGUAAAGUAAAAAUGUAAAUGAACAGCUUAUUAAAAAUUGUUUUGCUGAGCUGUGAGACAGUUAGACAAGUUGAAUAUGGAAAUAAUUAUGCUUCCAAUACUACCGUCAAAUAUGUUUUAUUGACGAAAGUGUGAUAUUAUAAGUUGUUUUUGUUUCUUGUUGUGUGUUUUGUAUUGAAAUGAAAAUAGAUAAGUAAUAGAUUACAUUUUUUAAUUUAUUGAACGAAUAUUUAAGAAAGACGAGCCUUGCUUAAGAGAUAGUUUAUAGAUGUAUAAAUUAGUAGCCACGAGAUUAGGAAAAUUUAUUGUAUUUUCGAUUCGAGCAGCUUUAUAAUAGUUAACAUGCAUUAAAUAUUUUUGAUUUUAUACUUUCUUUACUUCACUUUAUAUAUUUCAUUCAGAAUCGUUACCAUUGUGUUCAAUAAUUGUACAAGCAUCGGCAUAGUUUACGAAAAAAAUCUGAAUGAAUAAUAUUGAAUAUGAAUGAGAAAAUAAUAUGUAAGGGUUAACUUACGGAAAAUGAUCUCAUGCAAAUAUUUUUGAACGAUGUAAAAAUAUGUAUAUACUCGAGUCGAAAAUUAUAAUAAAUUACAAAAUAACGUAGUUCGACAAUUGUCGAGGGACAUUUUAUAGGUGCCUUUCAUUAAAUCGUAAAAUAAAUAAUUAAUAGGUUCUUGUAAAUUGUAGUCAUUUUAAAAAUCCAUCCGCUCAUACUCAUACCAUAACACGGACGAUUAAUUAUUAACUUCUUACAUUAAGAUUAUUAUUUUCUGUAGUCAAAGAUUUGAACCGAAACCAAACAAAAUUAUGAAGUGAAAAAGGUUUCUUGAAUCUACUAUAUCUUUGCUCUAUUCUUAAUUACCUUUGGCUACAGAAUGAAAUAAAGGUACUUAAUUCUUAUAAUCCUUUAUCUUUUAAAUGUAUGAAUAAAGAUUUUCAUUCAACAUUGAUACUUACAUGUUAAUUUUGAUUUUAACACCGUGGCCAUACGAGAAAAGCUAGUCAUUAGAGUAACAUGUAAAUUUAAUAUUACUUAAAAUAAAACAAAUAUUUACAAUUAUAGUACCCCUUACAGUUAUUGGUAAGAGGGUGAACCUAAAAUUGUGGCCAAAUUACACUUAAUGAAAUCCAAAUAUAUAUACACGGUUUUUAAUAGUUAUAGACUUAUGUAAGAGUGUCUAAGUUGUCAGUUUGUAGGUCUUUGAGCAAUGAUAAGUGACAAUACUUUAACGGGUAUAAUUUGUCAAAUUCAGUAGAAGAAUAUUAUCUGGAAGUAAGUACCAUCUUCUAGUCAAUUUU